CACUUAGUUUUGCCUAUUCUUAGAAAAUUGUCGAAUGGUAUUUUAGUUAUACAACUCAUAUAUAUAACUAUGUCUCAUGUUCUUUUAAUGUUUCAAACCCUCUUUAAAUCCUCCGCCCGCUCAACCCCUAAUCUCCCUCGCCAUUCUGUUCAUCGAGGGAUGGCAGGGGUUCAGCUGGGAGCUUCGCCACAACCCCGUCUUGGGCAGCUCAUAAAAAGGCAUCUACAUGAUUGGCUAAUGCUUUUAGUUCUAGGAGUAAUAGUCUGGAUGCUGAAUGCCGUUGAGCCCUUUCAUCGUUAUCUUUCAGAGGAGAUGCUUUCACCGGAAAUCAAAUAUCCUUUCAAGGACGAUACAGUCCCUAUGUUUGUUGUUCCGGUUUAUGCAGUAUUGAUUCCUUGUAUCAUCUUUAUCACAUUUUACACUUCCAGACGAGAUGUUUAUGAUGUGCACUAUGCUAUUAUGGGAAUUCUCUAUUCAGUUCUGAUCACAGCUGUUGUCACGGAUGCAAUAAAAGAUGCUGUUGGCCGUCCCCGGCCAAAUUUUUUCUUUAGGUGUUUCCCUGAUGGUAAACAGGUGUUUCAGACUGAUGGGGAUGUUAUGUGCACAAAUUUAGAAACAAAAGUCAUCAAGGAAGGAUACAAAAGCUUCCCAAGUGGGCACACUUCAUGGUCAUUUGCUGGUCUUGGUUUCCUUGCUUGGUACUUGUGUGGGAAAAUUAAGGUGUUUAAUGGCGAGGGUUAUGCUGCAAAGCUCUGUAUUGUUGUGCUUCCAUAUCUUGCCGCUGCACUUGUUGGAAUUUCACGUGUGGAUGACUAUUGGCACCACUGGACGGAUGUAUUUGCCGGAGCACUGAUAGGUUCAAUGGUGUCUGCCUUGUGCUACUUGCAGUUUUUCCCAUUCCCACAUUUGCCCAACGGUUGGGCACCUCAUGCAUUUUUCGCAGGAAUCGAAGAUGGCCGAGGCAGCAAAGAUGCUGUAGCUUCUAAAUCAACGAAUGGAGUUGUGGACCUUGAAGGUGGUGGAAAGAUUUACUGUUAGUUUGAAACAUUAUUAUGUACUAUUACAACAAUGCAAAUUGAUAAUCCUAUAGUAUUGUCAACAUUGUAUGUCGUUGCACAUAGUAUAAAAUCACCAAAUGAUCAAA